GCUCGGAACGGCCAGGAUGGAGAAGGCGGAGCUCUGUUCAUCCAGCGAGACUUGAUCGUCAGCAACAGCGGCGUCAAGUUCGAGAACUGCAGAGCAUCAGAAGGAGGCGGCCUCUACACUUUCGGCAGCUUCUUGCAAGAAGCAGAAAGCAUGGUGACCUUCGAGAACUGCACGGCUUUUAGAGCUUCGGUUGCAUCCGGCAUCCCUCUGGGCUACGGGACGAAGAAGGAGACAGCACUGGUUUCGGCGGCGGAGGGCGAGAUCUGGAGCCAGGGCAGCAGUGUUCUUGUGACUGGCGCCAGUGGGAGUGUGCUGGGAGGCGGCCUCUACGCUGGCAACCUCUUCACUGGCGGCAGCUUCUUGCAAGAAGCAGAAAGCACGGCGACCUUCGAGAACUGUCGCGACGGUGGAGGUGCACACGUGAAAACAUUCACACAGGGAGCCAAGAGCUCCGCCAUCUUCCGCAGCUGCAGCACGGCUUCCUUUGGAGCCUGGGCAGCGUUCUUGUGA